UCCUCCCCUGAUCUCCCGUACAAAAGCGCUCCCUCCCUCUCGCCCGCUCAAGCCACCUCCAUAGCCGCCGGCAACACUAUUCCUCCUCCCGCGCCAAGAACUGUCGCAGGCUCCUCCAGUGGGCGCAAAUGGCGUCUCUCUCCGUGGCAACGAUCCCGUCGCUGGCCGCGCCGGCGGCGAAGAAGAGGUCCGGCGUCACGUGCGUCGAGGGCAUGAACGCGUACAGCGGCCUCAAGGGGCUCAACAAGGUGACCAUGCUCGGGGUGCGCAAGACCGCCGACUACUCCUUCGCCAAGAUCGUCGCGUCGCUGAGCCCCGCGGGCAAAAAGAGGCGCGGGGGCGCGUUCGGGGCGCAGAUGAACGCCGCGGCCGAGAUAUUCAGGAUCGCCGCCAUCAUGAACGGCCUCGUGCUCGUCGGCGUCGCCGUCGGGUUCGUGCUGCUCCGGGUGGAGGCUGCCGUCGAGGAGUCCGAGUAGUGAAGCACCCUGUAGCAAGCAGCCACUCGGCUGUUGCCUGCCGUGAUACAUAAAACGUGAUGUAUGUUUUUGAUUGAAUUUACUUUGGUAUGUAUCCAUAACAAUUGAUUGAUAUUGUGGAAACAUGUUUUAGAGUCAGUUCA